UUCAAUGAAGAAUCUAGUAAAAUUAACACAAAAUUUAUGCGUCUGUUGCUAGUUAAUGUGAAGUGAAGAAAUGUAAACGGAAAAGAAAAUUAAGCAUAAGAAAGGAAAACGAAUUAAUUUCCAUUGCUCAAACAAAGCGAUAAUCCGUAAAAACGUUAAGUCUAGUGCUUGCUGUAAAAAUUACUUGACAAACCAACAAAAUAAUUAAUAACAGCACUUCUAACUCGGUACUUAAUCGCAGAAAGUCAAAUACAAAAAAUACAAAUACAAAAGUGAAAGUACGUCGGCCAAGUUCAAGGACACGCACGUAGAGCGCGAGAUAUAGUAACAACAAGAACAACGAGUAAGUGCACAUUGCUUGAAAAUUAGUGACGCACUAGGCAAUAUCACGUUAAUACAAAAUAUUCAUCACAACAAUAAUAACAACAACAAAAUCUCUGUCAUAAAUCGCCAUAACUUCGAUUUUGGAAUUUUCGCCGGACAGUGACCCAAAAACAACAUAAAAUUAAAUUCUCAUCCACCCCCAGCCUCCUGCACUUUCCAACAACCCCUUGACACACACACACAAACAACAACGAAAAAUAAAGAAGUGUACACUAAUAAAGUAAUUUUGUGCACGUAUGCGAGCGCUGAUUAUGAGUUUAUAUAUCGAGUAAAAGAACUUUUAUGAGAGUAAAUUUUGUGGGUUGUGUGGGUGUUUGUGCAGCUCCCACGUGGACGUAAAGUAAGUGAGGGCAGACAGAACUCAACACAGGAUCAUUCAACUAAUAAAACAACAGAAAGCGCAACAAUAACAAGAAUUUUAUUCCUUUGGAAAAAUAAAGACACCUUAACACACACACACAUUCACACUCUGUCGACGCCAAGGAGCGCCGCACACCAGUCAUUGGUGCAAUUGGCAGUCAAUCGUCUUUGCUUUGCAAAAAACCGAAACUCUGCUAGUAGGGGUUAGCAGCUGCAGGGCAAGCAAAUUGCGUCGCAAUACUUUUGCUCUCACGAGUGUUGAGACGGUCGGUGCAAAUAUAGUAAACGCGAAAAAAGCCCGAAAAGAAUUCGCUGCAAUAAGAAUUAAUUAAUUCUUUACAAUUUGGAUUUAUCUCUGCGAGGCUGAGAGAUCGAUUGUGUGGGACGCGCAGCAAAACAAUAUAAAACAAUCAGCAGCAGAGAAACGACUGCAGUAAAAGCCAGAAGCAAUUAAACAUUGCGACAAGCCAAAUCUGCGUAAUAAAUAUUUCAUUAUUGCUAGAAAAUAAAAAACAAAUAAACGCAAAAUAUCACAACACUAACGCACAAAACAACCUCUAACUCAAGGCAGUUGAGUCUGCGGCUGCGCCGGCAACGACGGCGCGAUCGUCACUGAAUGUUCAGUGUCGCUGUUAAUAAGUGACAGUUCGGUACGUGACGGGGGUUGUGGAGGGUGCGGGUGACAGAGGCUGGUUGGUGCAAGCGUCGAACGCACGCAUAAGACACCGUCAAUAGAAUAACGUCCAGCUUAGACACCAAGACGGCUCAAAAUGAUCUCCAACAAGAAAUCGUACGCCAUGAAAAUGCUUCAAAUAGCAUUGGCCUUAAGCCUUCUGCAAGUGGAUCCGGAAAAUCGCCUACACAAUUGGGACUCGCAGCUGGAGUUGCGCGAUGGUGACGGUUGGGAAUUGGAAAUGUUGCGCGCCGUACCGAUGGUGGAGUAUCCCUAUGCGAAUCGUAAAACUAUGAUGCCGCUGAUUGAGGAUCUAAUACGCUACGAUCGACAACACGAUGCCACGCCGUCACAAUACAAUGUCACCGCUUACAUGUUGAACGUACAGCAUGACGGCGGGACAAAUCAGACGGCCACUUUGCCGGAGUUGCAAGCAACACCGAGUAAUUCGGUUAACGCUGGCGGAACCGUGAAUGUGGCGGGAGCCACUGCGCUGGAGCAGGCAGCCAAUGCUGCGGCGGCAGCAGCUGCCGCCAGUACGAAUGCCAGCAACAUGGGACUGCCUACAUCGGAGUUGGAUGCGUUUCUCAAUUCGGAAAACUUUCAAGACCAACGUUCGGUGUGGGAACAAAAUCUGGCCGAUUUGCGUGACUUUGGUGAUCUCGCUGUGAAUAAUCCGUACGCUGGCUUGCCGCUCAAGGAUGAGCCGUUCAACAACACUUAUAUUGAUUUGAAUUUGGACAUGUUUUUUCCCAGCUUUGCGAGUGCUGCGACAGCAGCGGCUGAUGCUGUGAAAGAAGAAGUGGAAGGAGAUGAAGAAAAAGCAAUUGGUGCUGGUGCCUUAAAUGACACAUAUCCAGAACCCGCAGAUAUUGCCCGCAUUAAAACCGAACAAGUAGAUAAGGAAGAUAAGGAAUUUGUGCUGGACAACGAAGUGGCAAGCUCCAGUUCGAGCAGCCUAAAUUUGGGGUCUACUGUGGCAGUCAUAAAGAAGGAACUGGAGGGCAGUGGAGACGACAGUGAGCAAGCGGAAGCGGAGGAUGUGGAUUUGAGUCCCUUCAUUAGUCAACUGGAUCUAAACAAAGAGGAGAGCGAAAUUGUCGAUGUGCUGUGGAAGCAAGAUGUCGAUCUGGGUUAUACAUUGACACCACCGCAUCUGCUAAACGCAACUGGCAAUAAUAGUAGCAGUAGUGGUACAACAGGCGUAUUGGUUUCUGAUGACGACAUUGAGAAGUUGAAAGCAUUGAAAGAGCUUAAAUUAGAUAAGCCAAGCUUUGAGGACAAAGAUGCGGCAGUAUCCGAUAUUGAUGAUGAAUGGGCUGGCAUACCUUUUACGGUGGAUAAUGAAACUGGUGAAUAUAUCCGUUUACCUCUGGACGAAAUUCUUAACGACGUACUACAAUUGGCUGAAUUCGAUAACGAUAAUAACGAGUCCAAUAACGAUUCUGUCGCUUCAACAUCGAAAGCUGCGGCUGCCAAGAACAACAAAAGCAGCAACGAUAAGACUAAAUUGGAAACUGGCGAAGAAGUGCUAAUCGAUAACAACAACACUUCCGUGGAUAAAGACGAAGGUGAGGAUUUGAAUAAAGGUACACUUGCCAGAAGUGGCGGCACCACCAAGGACGAAGAGGACAACAACAAAGAGGAAGAUUAUAUUGACGAUUUCGAUCUAUCGUUAUCGGAGAUCGAAGUCAAUUCGUUGCCAUCACCACUUUUCGAUUUAGAUGACGAAGCACGCGAAGAACUAGCCGAUUUCGAUAUAAUGUUACAAUCAGCUGCAGCACCACCACCGCCAUUCCAUCACCAUCACCCACAUCAGCGCGGUGCCGGCAUGCAGAGUUAUGUUGGCGGUGGAGCAAAUAGCGCAUUCCAUCGACAGGCGACCGGUUUCCAUCAUGGCCAUCAUCAGGGUCGCAUGUCUCUCAGCCGUGGCGUUUCGAUGGAGCAACGCCUGCAGGAUAUCGCCAGUUUCUUUAAUCCAAUAUCGGGCAUGGGUGUUGUUGGAGGCGUUUCCGAUAUGCCGCCAUAUCCACAUUACCCCAGUCAUCCCUAUUCGUACCAGGGUGCUGCUGGCAUACCGGCACCACCACAACACGCCCAAUAUCCGCCACCACCACCGCCGCACCCACACCAUCACAGCCAUCACGCAAUGUUGCAUGCGAACGCUACUUUGGGUGACAUUUGCCCCACACAGCCGCACUAUGGCCACAAUUUGGGUUCGGCCGUUUCGUCCAGCAUGCAUUUGACCAACUCUAGCCAUGAUGCAGAUGGUGGCGCCACUAGCGCUGCUGGCAGCAAUGCGGGCGCUUACAAAAUGGAGCAUGACAUGAUGUACUAUACCAAUGCUUCUUCGGAUAUGAAUCACACUACGGAAGGAUUUAUUAACUCCAUUUUAAAUGAUGAAGAUUUGCAUUUGAUGGACAUGAAUGACAGCUUUUGUCGCAUGGUCGACGUAAACAACAGCACCAGCAAUAAUUCGUCCGUACUCGGCAGUGGUCUUACAAGUGGUCAUGCAAGCGGCGGUGGCAGCAGUGCCACAGGUUCCACAUCAAACGGCCUCGCAAUGAGCGGUGCUGGCGCUACAAAUAGUGCUCUUGCUGGUGGCGGUAUGACGGCAGAUCUCUUGAAUUCGGGUGCUGGUGCGAGUGCCGGCGGUGAUCGUUUGGACGCAUCCAGUGACAGUGCAGUUAGCUCAAUGGGUUCGGAGCGUGUGCCAUCGCUAUCGGAUGGUGAAUGGGGCGAGGGUAGCGAUUCAGCGCAAGACUAUCAUCAGGGCAAAUAUGGUGGACCAUACGACUACAGCUAUACCAAUAAUAAUCGUCUGAACGAUGGUUCACGUCAACCGCCUGUCGCACAGAAGAAACAUCAAAUGUUUGGCAAACGCUUUCUCAACGAGCAGCCCAGUUUGACUGCUGCGGGUGCAGCUGGUGGCAACAAUACCGCCGGUGGCGGGGUAGUACCACCGUCAGACACGAAUCCGAUAUUAAAUGUUGGACCCGCACCCACUGUCAAAUAUGAAUAUGAACCAUAUCCGACAGUGCCGGGUCUACAUCAGGGCGGUGCCGGUGGUGCGCUACGCAUCGAGGGUGCUAUGGGGCCGGCUCUUAGUAGCAAGGAACAACAAGCUUACGAUUUGAAAUAUGGUCCAGGUAUUGUUGGUGGCAUCGGCGGUUACUCACUAGAUUUCGCACAGCGCCCACCACGUACUCCACACGAAGUGGUGCAACACAAUCACACUUACACUCUGCCACAGGGCACCGGCUCCUUGCCUCGACCGCAAACGCGCGACAAGAAACUGUCGACGUCAUCGUCGAAAUCGUCCAAAUCCUUUAAUGGUGAGGAGGAACAUUUGACACGCGAUGAGAAGCGCGCACGCGCUAUGAAUAUACCCAUAUCAGUGAGUGACAUCAUCAAUCUGCCCAUGGACGAAUUCAAUGAGCGUCUCUCCAAGUAUGACUUAACUGAAAAUCAGCUCUCACUAAUACGCGACAUACGUCGGCGUGGUAAGAAUAAAGUGGCCGCACAAAAUUGUCGCAAACGUAAACUGGAUCAGAUUCUAUCGCUGGAGGAUGAGGUGAAAGAGGUGCGCAGGCGCAAGGAACAGCUGUUUUCGGAGCGUGACAGCCUGGCUUUGGAGCGCAAGCGCAUUUCAAACAAAUUCGCAGCGUUACACAGGCAUAUAUUCCAAUACUUGCGCGAUCCCGAAGGCAAUCCCUGCUCGUCGUCCGAAUACACGUUGCAGCAGGCCGCCGACGGUUCCAUAUAUCUGCUGCGUAAGUCCGAUGCCGCGAAUGGCAGUGGCAAUGCCAGCAAUAGCAGCAGCACAAGUAGCAGCAGUAGUGGCUUGAGCGGCCACGUGAGUCACAAUGGCAUGUCGCCACAGCAACAACCACAACAACACCAUUCAAUGUUGGGCGCUGCGACGCACUUGCAGCAACACCAACAGCAAGCGCUGCAUCAUCAUCAUCAUGCGCAGGCGCAGGCGCAACAGCAGCAACAACUGCCGCAUAUGCAUACACAGCAAGCGCAACAGCAACAACCACAACAGCAGCAGCAGCAGCGACAACACUCGGCGCAUCCGCAUCAUCAUCAAACGCAUCAAAAAGAUUGAAAAUUGUUGUUGCAGCACUAUGCGAGUUGGUUUAAAUUACAGCAGCAGCAGCAGCAGCAACAACAACAACAAGAACAAAAACAACAGAAACAGAGUCAUCACCAACGUCACCACAACCAGCAGCAACAGCACCACCACCACUACGAACGCCACUAUCGCUAUCAUCUCUAUCAGCAACAACACCAACAGCAGCAGCAACAGCAAAAGUCGACAAAGAAUUUAAGGCAAUCAACAACAGCGUGGCCGCAGGAUCAGCAAAAAUAUAAGCAACAACAACAACAACAACAACAACAUGCGCUUCAACCGUAUGCCGCUGAAUUUGAGCUUUUUUAUCAGCCCGCAGCGACGUCCCAACAACAAUGCCAAUGCGCACAUUGCUAUGCGUUCGAUUAUGUGGGGGGGCCACAGCAGCAGGAUGCCAAGGAUUUCGAAUGGUUGCAUGAGGUGGCUGCUGUGCCCGCAGCUGCGACCACCUCGAUUGCCACAAGUUUCUAUUUUUAUUGAUUUCAUAGAUUUAAACGAACUUAGUAAUGAAUGUAAAUUGGCUUUGCUCCUCUGCACUUUUGCUGGCAGUUUUCGUAAUUGUUUUUUGUUUAGAUUUUUUUACUAUGCACGCCGUGGUAUAUGGGGUGUGGCCGUUCAUACUUGCAUAUAGUAUACAUACAUACACACACAGAUAUGUGCAUACACACAUAGAUAGUUAGGGAUGUUGGUAUUCAUUUUUUUUUUUGUCGUAAAUUCAAAAAAGAAAACUAGCAAUUCAUUUUCUCUAUUUCGAACAAAAGAAAAACUCAAAACUCAGACAAAGAGCAGACAAUAAAAACAUUUGCACAUCAGCAAAGGAAGAAGAUGCUCUGAAUAACAACCGUUAUAGCCACGUUUGCGCUUCUCCCCAUUUUAAAACAGACAAACGUUCGCACAUGCGCACUCACAUCUCAUCGAAGGAUCGAGAAACUGAUACAAAAUAUAAAAAUAUAUAUAAAAAUGUUACUUGAAUUUAAAGUUGUUGAGCACAAAUUAUGUUAAUUAGGUAAAGGUAAAUAAUGAAGUGAGACAGAAUUAAACAAACAGAUUAUAGGAAUAAGAAAGUGAACAAAAACAAAAAAUAAAAAAUAAAAAACAAUA